AUGGACGGCGUCAACGAUGCACGGCUGCCGCCUGCACGCGCGUUUCGCGUCCUGCGGCGCAAGCGGUGGUUCGGCAAGCAAGUGGAUGAGCGCAUCGAGCUGGAGACGCUUGCGGUGUACGUUAGCAAUGAUUUUAGCGGGACAGCCUUCUACCUGGAGUUUCCCUACACAGCAGCAGGUAUGGCAGGCGACGGGGCCGCAAGCCCUGAGUGUACAUCCUUGCUAGGGCCGAUGGAGCCGACGGGGGCACAUGGGAUGAUGACGCUCGAGUGUGAGGCAGGCAGUUUCUCUUGCAGGCUCCAAUGGCUCGAGGCAACGCUGAAGCCGCCUAUCAUCCUGUUGUCUGUCGCGCGCCGCGAGGCACAGACCCCAGUGCCCGCAGAGCAAGGGCUACCAAAGGAGUUGCUUCGUGACCGUGUAGUGCGGUAG